UGGUAUAUAAAAGUGUUUGGUUUGUAAACCUUGCUAUAUCUCCGGACAUUUAUCACCGAGUUGCAGCAAUGAAGCCUCUUCAAGUAGUAUUAGUUCUUUCCUUGUUAGUGGUCGUAUAUUCUGCUGGAUAUAGUUCUUAUGGUAGCAGCGGUUACGGUAGAAGCGGUUAUGGUAGCAGCGGUUAUGGUGGCGGCCAUGGAGGAUCAUAUGGUGGCGGCCAUGGGGGAUCAUAUGGCAGCGGAGGAUAUGGUGGAGGAUCAUAUGGUAGCAGAGGUUAUAGUGGAGGAUAUGGUGGUAGCCGAUCAAGCGGGGGAUUAAGUAGCCUGCUAUCCAGUUUAGGUAGAGGUCUUGGGGGUCGUAGUGGAGGAUCAUACGGAGGAGGAGGUUAUGGAAGCAGCUAUGGUGGAAAAGGAUAUGGAGGAGGUUAUGGGAGUGGAAGUCGAGGAGGAGGAUACGGCGGAGGAUAUGGUGGUGGGCGUAGUGGAUACGGUGGUGGAGGAUACGGCGGAGGGCAUAGCGGAUACGGCGGAGGUUAUGGUGGUGGAAGUGGACGUGGAGGAUAUGGUGGAGGAUAUGGCGGAAAAGGAUACUCUGGUUAUUGAAAAUGUAAAACACUGCCCCUUGAAUCUGAUCAAA